GAGCUCUCUCUGUGGAAUUAUGGGAAUCACUGCCGUCAAGUUCAUGUGAUUUUCGCCAUUUAUCGUUUAAAAGUAAAAGUAUUGGAAAAAACGUUGAAUUUUGUACAAAAUUUAUCAGUACACAGGUAAAGGUAUUAAGGAUGCGUCAUUCGUGUUCAAUGCUAAUGGAUAUUUAAACGUGUGGAAGUGUUAUGUGCAGCUAAUCUAAACCUCGAACACAAAUUUUUUCAAAAAAUACGAACGACUCGUAAGUUGUUCAUUAACACGGUUGAGAACUCGAGGUGAAAAUAUCUGUAAGAUUUUAUUCGCCAUGAUUGUGAACGUGAAACAAGGAAGCCUCAGUGGUAAAAGAAGCUUCACAAUUUUGGCUAAAAAACCAUACCUAUGCUAUUUAGGUAUCCCUUAUGCUCUGCCACCUGUCGGAGAAUUAAGGUUUCAGGCGCCGAAACCACUUCAUCAAUGGACUGGUGUUUUUGAUGCUACCAAAGAGCCAUCGCCUUGCCUUCAAAAACCACCUGCUUUGAAUAUUAUUGGUUCAGAGGAUUGUUUGUAUUUGAACGUGUAUGCUCCUGAGACAUUCGCACCGGCAAAUUCGCUCAAACCUGUGAUGGUGUAUAUUCAUGGGGGUGGGUUUGCCCACGGAUCAGGUAAUAGUUCGGUAUAUGGACCAGACUUUCUGUUGGAGUAUGAUGUUAUCGUUGUCACCAUAAAUUAUCGAUUGCUGGCCCUCGGAUUUCUGAACCUGGGCAUUCCCGAAUGCCCUGGAAAUGUCGGAAUAAAAGAUCAACUGAUGGCUUUGCAAUGGAUCAAAGAUAACAUAAUUCAUUUCGGAGGCGAUCCCAACAACAUAACUGUAUUUGGAGAAAGUGCUGGAGCUUCUUCCGUUCAUUAUUUAGCGAUUUCUCCCGCAACCCAACCGGGACUAUUCCAUAAAGCGAUCCUUCAAAGUGGAUUUUGUUUGGCCUCGUGGUCUCUGGCUUCUAACACUAUCGAAACGGCUUUUGAACUUGGUCGCAGAUUAGGUUAUUUUGGCAAUGAUCGAUUCGAAUUGCUCAAACACCUCAGACAGCAACCAGCUAAACAGUUGGUCAGAGUUGCAAAUCAGCUGAAGGAGGAACGAUCUCAAUUAGCUGUGCAUGAACAAAGCAGAUUGGUUUUCGCUCCAUCUGUGGAAUUCAUCAGAGAAGGUGCUAUGAUCCCGGAUCAUCCUACCAUAUUGCAGCAAAUAGCUCCUCCUAUGCCUAUGAUUUGGGGUUGUACAGAUCUCGAAGGUUUAUUAGGAGUUGGUGUAAUGACCAAAAAAAAUCUGGAACUUGUCAUGAAAGAUGCGUCGGUCCUUUUAAGGAAAUAUUUCAACAUCGAUCCGAUCCAAUUGAACGAUAAAACUGCGCAGGUUAUGACUCAGUAUUUCCACGAUGCGCAUGCCCCUAGAGCCAAAAUACGUUCUUUAAGUAAUCUCAUCACAGAUAUAUACUUUUACAACAUGGAGGAUUCAUUGGAUCACCUCAGUGGCACGUGUUUCCCACCUUUUGUUUACGAAUUUAGUUACAAUGGGAAGAUGAACGUGAUGAAAAAAUUUUUCUGCAUGAAAUUAGGAAUCCAUCUUCCAGGUGCUUGUCACGGUGACGAUAUUAGUUACCUGUUUCAUCGCAAAACCGCCUUCCCUAAGAAAAAUUUCGAUCAGGGUGAUUUAAAAGUGAUUGGGAACAUGUGCACUUUGUGGACGAAUUUCGCAAAAUAUGGAAAUCCAGUGAACGCAACGUGGCGUCCAUACACCAGAGGUAACCCAUGUUACUUGAAAAUUGAUGAAAAUAUACAACUGGUGAAUGGUCCAUUGCGAGGAUAUCGGCCCCAAGCGUUGAAAAAUAUAUUAGGACCGUACAGUAUGAAGAUGUUAACAAAUUGAUAUUUUUAUCUUAUUCAUAUGCACGCUUUUAAGGGAUGUCUUUACCCAUUAUUUCAAUAAACACGUGUGUUGUCAA